UCAAAGUCAGGAAUAUGCUUUUCCGGGAUUAGUACGUCUUUGCUUUCAUAACGUUAACUUCUGAUUGCUGUAUCGUCUCAUUUAUGUAAUACUGCUCGGUUAUUGCUGAGCUUCAGUUAAUAAGGAACGAGUGUCUGCUGUACCGGUAUCAACUUUAAACGUUGAAAUUGUAUCCACUGUUUUUACAGCUUGAAGGAUGAAGCUUGCUGUGCUGGGCGCCACAGGGCAAACUGGUCAAAACCUGGUGAAACAGGCAUUGCAACAGGGCCACGUGGUCACCGCACUAGUUCGGACUCCAAGCAAACUGACACUUGAACACGAUAACUUGAAGGUCAUCGAAGCAAACAUUUUCUCAGAGGAAAGUCUUACCGCUCACUUCAGAGAUCACGAUGCUGUAAUAUCCUGCCUGGGGUUUUCUCCAGCCUUCUUCUCCUACAUCACAGGAUAUACUGAUUCCAUGAAAGCUGCAGUGAAUGCCAUGCGACAGGCAAAAGUUAACAGAAUGAUUGCCAUGACAUCUUGGUACACUGAACCUAAUUCUGGGACGCAGUCCUCUUACCUGAUACGCUUUUUUCUGCUGCCAAUGAUUCGAAGUGUGCUGACCAAUAUGCAUCAGAUGGAAACCUUUUUACAGCAGAAUUGUGAUGAUAUUAACUGGACUGUGGUGAGACCUCCUGGGCUUAUGAACCAGCCAGCAUCAGCCAAAGAAUUCCUAACCCACGAAGGCUACUUUGUCCCUGACUCCAGUGGAUAUCCAGUCGGAAACUCAGUAGGCCGAGGGGACGUGGCUCGUUUUAUGCUGUCGCUUCUCAACAGUAAUGCAUGGGUCAAAAAGGGUGUGGCUAUGACCACAAAAUAGCCAGUCUGAAAAUAACAGUACACCGGGUACCUGGUUUAAAAGGAACCAGUUCACACAUCUCUACUUUGAACUUCCUGUGUAAAUGUUCUGAUGUCUUAAGAAUGGUUAUUGUUUAUUGUAUGUAACAUUUGGAGGUUAUUAAUUAUAUACAGAUAAAUGUUGUAAUUAUAAUUUUCCAUGUUGUACUUUUUUUUUGGGGGGGGGGGUUACGAGUCAUAAAAGAGUGUUUCAAUAUUCCCGGGAUGUCUGAAGCAGACCUAAAAGUUAAUAUACAUGGAGCCUUUAUUAUUAUUAAUUAGUCAUUUAACAGAUGCUUUUAUCAAAAGCAACUUGCAGAGACUAGGGGGUGAACUAUGCAUCACAACUGCUGCUGCUGUUACCUUGAAUGCAGUACUGUUUGAUAGGUCUGUCUGUAAUGUUAGGUUAUGAAAGAACCACACACACUAAAGGUUAUGAAAGAACCACACAGCAAUAAGGCAUAGAAAGGGUUUUCCUGCUUUGAAACACACGCGGGUGGCAUUUGCUACUCAGUACUGUAUAUUUAACCUACGUGAGCUGAAUCCUCAGCAUGACUCAACCAAGCAAAUCUGGGUCCUGAUGUUUUAAAUGUGUGUACCUACGUCUCUUGUUAUUGCUA